GUGUCUUUAAGGAACGAAGACUAAAGGGAAGCAACUGGCAGAAAACUGAAAGCAUAGAGUUUGCGAGGGAGAAGCAAGCAAAAGCGACACAGUGAGAGCUUCUAAUAGCUUGAGAAAUUUCCUGUAAGGGGAAGCAUUAACUUCUUCCCUUUUCUGGCGUCUGAAUUAAGGACUAAUACAUGGGUCCAGCAUCAGAAUUGUUAUCCGAGAGACGUUGCAGUAAGCCCCCUGGGAUUAGGAUCCUAGAGUCUAUUAAGAGAAGCCCUGUUUCUUUCAAGACCUACCAAGCCAUCGUUUUGGUAGUAACAUUUUUUGCUUAUGCAAGCUAUCAUGCUACCCGGAAAACAACAAGUAUUGUAAAGAGUGUCCUUGAUCCCGAAUCAACAGAUUUUGGCUUAAAUUUCUAUCGAUUGAGAUCAAAUGGUACCAAUCAGUUGAUCGGAAACAGAAAAUUUUCCUGGAUUCUUGGAAGUGGUUGGGCUCCAUUUAAUGGACCAGAUGGGACAGCACUUCUUGGUGAAUUGGAUGUUGCUUUCCUUGCAGUAUAUGCUUUUGGGAUGUAUUUUUCUGGCCACUUAGGAGAUAGGUUAAAUCUGAGGAUUUUUCUAACCGUGGGAAUGUUGGGAACUUGUUUGUUUACUUCGCUUUUUGGUGUAGGAUACUGGGGAAACAUCCAUAGCUUCUAUUAUUACUUAGUAAUUCAAAUGUUUGCUGGAUUGUUUCAAUCCACGGGAUGGCCGUCAGUAGUUGCGGUUGUUGGUAACUGGUUUGGAAAGAAGAAGAGAGGGUUGAUUAUGGGUAUAUGGAAUGCUCACACUUCUGUUGGGAACAUUUCUGGUUCUUUGAUUGCUUCUGCUCUUUUAAGCUAUGGAUGGGGGUGGUCCUUUGUUGUACCAGGACUUAUCAUUGGUUUCCUUGGUUUGGUUGUUUUUCUUUUAUUGCCUGUAUCACCUGAGUCCGUCGGAGCUGAUGGAGAGGAAGAUGAAUGCAAUUCACCCAAGAAAAAUGGAGAUGAAGAAAUUGAAGAGCCACUGUUAAGGCCUGAGACGGUUGUUGAGGAGGAGAAAGCUGUAGGAUUCAUAGAGGCAUGGAAAAUUCCUGGGGUUGCUCCUUUUGCUCUUUGUCUUUUCUUUGCCAAGUUGGUUGCAUAUACGUUUCUCUACUGGCUUCCAUUCUACAUUACCCACACAGCAAUUGAUGGCAAAUAUCUAUCUAGUGAGACAGCAGGAACACUGUCCACUUUAUUUGAUGUUGGUGGAGUGCUUGGAGGAAUCCUGGCUGGCCACAUUUCGGAUAAGUUAGAUGCCAGAGCAAUAACAGCAGCAAGUUUCAUGUACCUUGCAAUCCCUGCUCUCUUCUUCUAUCGGUCUUACGGGCACGUAUCAUUGGUUGUAAAUAUAGUAUUGAUGUUCAUCACUGGCAUGUUUGUGAACGGGCCUUAUGCUCUCAUAACAACAGCUGUUUCGGCUGACCUGGGAACACACAGUUCACUGAAUGGAAAUUCACGAGCUUUGGCAACUGUGACGGCAAUAAUUGAUGGAACUGGUUCUGUUGGGGCGGCCAUUGGCCCUUUAAUAACAGGCUACAUUUCUAAAGACAGCUGGAAUGCCGUUUUCACGAUGUUAAUGGCAUCAGCUCUAAUUGCAGGGCUUCUUUUAACCAGGCUUGUAAUAACAGAGGUAGCCACAAAGAUUGCCGAGUCCAGGUCUCGUCGUCGUGGAGCACAAGAACCUAUAGCAGAAGUUUGAGAAUUUUAAAACAGAUGGCAGUGAUUUAUCUGGCUGUGUUGCCUACCUACUCCCAGAGUGUCCCUGAUUUACUGGCUCCGGUCAUUAUUAACGAAGGACAUGCCCAGUAAUGGCUGAAAUGGAGAGGGGCGUUUUAAAUUUUAUCCAUCGCCACGAUUUUAUGGGGCAGUUUGGCGUAUUUUUUUGUACAUAAGUGUGUGAUUUACCCAGUUUGGCAUAGUGUCAUCACAAAGAUGACCUUUACAAGAAAUGGUUAUAAUUUUUGUAUAUUGGAAAUUUACUUGGAUAUCAGGAAUGAGAUUUCCCAGUGAGUUUAUAAAUGGGUUUGGUGACCAUAGUUCAAGAAA